AUGUCGAAAUGGGUUGGAGACUGGGGUUUUGAGGACUCUGUGCUGAAGAGUAUCGAAAAAGCCUUGCCACCAUACCUGGUCGAACUAGAGCGUGGUACUCCAUUCCCAUUCGCAGCCUCUGGCAAGCCACCUGAUUCUCCGUGUAGUGCCUACGAAUUGAUCACGAUGGAGCUGGCCUACUUCAUCUCAAACCACCACGAUACGGUUGGUGUUCUGCCGAGUCACACGAGCUUACAGCUAGAAGCCUGCCGCAUCGUCUUCGCGUCAGAAGUGGCCUUUCCAAUAUCAAGCCCUGACUCUCAUGGAGGGUCUUCUUGGUUCAGAGACUUACUGCUGUCGAAUGAGGAUAUCGCCCAACAAGCUCGGUUUGGCCCGAUGCGAUCGAAGGCGGAGAGCAGGCUUUCUCUGCCGGAGAUCAAGGGCAAGACUUCUCUUUUUGAGGAUUGUCCGUUGGAGUCCCGCUUACAAACAUUUUGUCGACGCUCAAAAGUGGUUGAAGUCUCGAAUGCUGAUAUACAAAAAGAAGCUCGACGGAUUAUCAUGCAAAUGGAAAGCGAGCUACAGACGGAGCCUGAGUAUGUGGCCAAUUGGUUAAUUGGGUUUCUAUACGACUCAAAAAGCUGGAUUGACCAAUUCAGACGGCGUUCAAAUUUGAAGUUGGGAGACAAUGGUUGGGAGUUUCCAUUAAGUCACCAGUUGUACCCAGGAGAUACAAUGGGCCAAUCUGACAAUUCACCUUGGAUAACAGAGAUGGCCUUACUGGAUGAAAAUGUUUGGAAAUUUGGCGAACUUGGUGCCCCGUCUAACGCAAACGUGCCUUUUUCAGACCUUAGCUUUGAUACGAGCAACAAUCAGAUAGUCAUCGAUGAUACAUCACCGAGCGACUUCACAUGGCUGUGGUCGGGCGAACACUCAGCACCGGUAAUGUUUCAGACGAAUAAAAGCCCAGCACCGGAAGGCUCAGCCCUUCGGCCAUCCUGGCUCGGUCCGGGGAUAUAUGUUUUAAACGAUCCAAAUCAUAUCUUGUGGUUUGCGCGUGAGAUGAAGAGGUGGGUAAAGGCCGCUAUGUCACCGAACAACCCCAUAUGCCACGUUCCAUCAGACGAGGAGUUGAGACAUCAAGCCCGAUGCCUACUUUAUAAUGAUGAUGAUCCUUGGAACCAAACACCGGCAGAUAAUGGUCAGUGGUUAGAGAUGUUCAAGAAGGAAGUUGGUAUCAUAACAGGCAAUUAG